AUGGAAUCACAAUCACAACAAGAAAAACAACAACGUGGAGUCUCUCCUCUCAUUCGGUGGUCAGCAGUCGCAAACGAUAGACAAUACACGAGUCCACAUAAGCAUUCCAUCUCUUCACAGAAAAAUAACACAUCGUCUCUAUUGUCGGGAUACCCACCGGCAGACACAGAUGGAAAGGUAGUAGAAUCAUGCGCAGCGACUCUCUCUGCAUCUCAAAUACAAGAAGUAAUGUGGUGUAAUCUAUGGAGUGCACAUCAUCCUCAUUAUCAUCAUCAAGAUCAACAACCAACAUUAUUAUUAUCAUCAUCACCAACAAAAAUAAAACCAACUACUACUACUACCCCAUCUAAUAAAAUAAUAUGGGAGAUUUGUAAAUCUCCUAAUGCUGAAACUAUACUAGUACACGAACAAGUGGAAAGUGCGGCGGCAUCUGUACCUUCCAUUGAGUGUAGUAAUAAUAAUAGUAGUAAUAAUAAUAAUAAUAAUAAUAAACAACAAAGGCCGGGUGUUCAUGCCAAGAUACCUUUAUUGAAUUUUGUUACAAAGUACCGUCGUAGAGUUGAAGGGUACGCCGCACAAAAUACACGAGAUUUGGGUUUCCUCUCAUCAUCCACUCAAUCAUGUGAGAGAAUAGGGGAAUCUCAUAGUGAACAUUAUCAACAUCCUCAUCAUUAUAGUAGUUCUUCUUUUAGUCGAUCUCUGGCGGAGUCCAUGCCACUUCACGUAAAGUGUGAACCUCAAUGUGAAGAAGAAUCUAUGAUGGGUCGAAAAUAUUCUCAAAGUGCAGGCGGGUCGUUAGAUACCACUCAACACAUUCAACAUCCAACUUCUAGAAGACCUUUAUCGGCUGUGGAUCCACCUAUUUCUAUUAGAAGGGGAAUCCAAACUACUCCGGCACAGUGUGAGUUGCGUUCCAAGUUUUCUUCCAUUUCACCUGAACAAAUAUUAGACGUUUCUGGUUUGUGUGAUCAAUCCAUAAAACGUCCAGUUUCCCUUAGACGCAUUUGUUUUGAGAGUAGUAGUGAUUCUGCUGAAUCUUCAAUAGAUUCAGAAUAA